AUGAAGAAUGCUGCGAUCUACGCCGCCACCCUCUUUCUCUCUUCCGCCCUGGCCUUGCCGUCCGCUGGCAAUGUAGGCUCUGGCUCAUCCGUGGCAGCUCGUGACGUUGUCAAGUUCAACCAGUACAAAACUCUGGACGACUGCAAGAACGACAGGGACAUUCUCUACCAUGCAGCUCCCGUCUCGGCCAGAUGCUACGAUAUUGACGAUGCUACCGGCGCCUUCUUUUAUAACUCUGCCGGUUUCACUCAGGUCCAUCUGUACAACAACAAGGGCUGCACUGGCGAUGACCAGAAGCUCCCAAUCUAUGGGGGUCUUUGCAUGGAGAAGGGCGGAAAGAAUUCUAUCAAGAUGUGGUAA